AUGGCUUCAGUGAACAUGACUUUCGAGAAGAGCAUUAAAGCUAACGUGGUGGUGAAUGCGAACUGUGGAAAAAGGGCUUACGUCACGUUCCUCGCUGGAAACAAAGACUACUGGAUGGGCGUUGUUGGUCUAGCCAAAGGACUACGAAAGGUAAAGUCUAUUUAUCCUCUGGUGGUGGCUGUUCUUCCGGAUGUGCCUGAAGAACAUCGUCAAAUCUUACUAGCUCAGGGAUGUAUCAUCCGUGAGAUUGAACAGGUCAUUCCACCCGAAAACAAAGUUGGUUAUUCAAUGACAUAUUUCGUUCUUAACUACUCAAAACUUCGUAUUUGGGAGGUCUAA